AUGUAUCGAACAAAUUUUUACGAAAGUACUUGUUUCCGAUGUGAUCAAACGGUUUAUCAAGUGGAUAGAGUCGGACCACUUAAAGAUUUUACAUUUUUCCACAGCGGUUGUUUUAAAUGCUUAGUUUGUGGUACUAAGCUAACGUUGAAAACAUAUUACAACAAUCAACAUCGUCAGGAAGACAAGGAAGUUUACUGUAGCAGUCACGUGCCUAAAAUAGGACCAGGUCAUUUGGAUGGUAGUAGCGUCGUUAUUCGUUCGGCAUUAAAUGUACCGAGGUCAAGUAAUAUUGUUAACGAGCAAAUCCGUGGAAGCGGAAAAGGUACAUUCGAUGCGGGAGCUUUAAACAUUAGGUCACAUUUAAACGGUCACUUAGCGUCUUCCGGUCCAGGGAAUUCGGGAAACAGACAAGAUUAUAAUAAAAACGAUGAUCACAGUUACAAAUAUGGAAGAUUCGAUGCUAGUGCUUUACAUAUUGCACAUGCCCUCAGGGCAACUGAAUUACAAAAAGCAUAUAAUAAAGCACGUGAAAAACCGAUCGACUGCUACCUGGAUAAAGACGAACAAACAAGACUUGAAAUGAAACAUAGAAAAGAAGAAGAUGAUUUAUACAGGAAAUUUGCAAGAGCCAGAGAAGAAGAAGAUAGAAGGAUUAAAGAUGAAAUAAGAGACGAAUGGGAAAAAGAAUUGGAAAGAUUAACGAAUCGUUUUGAAAGAGAAUUACAAACGAAAAAAAAAAAACCAGAUGAACAAAAAGUAUUAACAUUAAGGCAUCAACAGGAGAGAGAAGACCUUGAAAAACACAUGACAUUAAGAAGAGACAAGAAAAAAGAAUCCCUUACGAGAAAAUUAUUAGAACAUGAAAGGGCAGCAACAGCGGCAUUAGUAGAAAAACAAAGCAAAGAAAUGUUGGAAUUAAUUAACGAAAAACGUUCGGAAUACAUGAUGGCGGAAUCCCUUUAUUUAGACGAAGGAGAGGGAUACAUGGAAGAAGCACUUCCGUAUCCGAGUCAAACACCGAUUCCCGCUCCUCCAACUCUAUCAAAAUUUGAAAUAUACAACGAUCCAAUGGAAUUUGCCGACAUCGAUCAAAUAGCCAUUUCUGUCGCUCAAGACGAUCAAAAAACAUUUACGGAUUUGGUACGACAAUUAGUUGGUAGAUGUGGUUCGGACAUAGAAAAAGCAAGAACAAUAUUCAGGUGGAUAACAGUUAAAAAUUUAAACACCAUGCAAUUCGAUGACACAUUAAGGGGAGACACACCAAUGGGUUUGCUAAGAGGAAUCAAACACGGAACGGAAAGUUACCACGUUCUAUUUAAAAGACUUUGCAGUUACGCCGGACUUCACUGCGUCGUUAUAAAAGGUUAUUCGAAAUCGGCGGGUUAUCAACCCGGUGUUAAAUUUGAAGACAACAGAUUUAGAAAUUCAUGGAAUGCCGUGUACGCAGCCGGUGCCUGGAGGUUCGUGCAAUGCAAUUGGGGUGCAAGACAUUUGGUUAAUGCAAAAGAAGUACCGAAACCAGGAAUCAAAGGGAAAACCGAUAGCCUAAGGUACGAAUACGACGAUCAUUAUUUUCUAACGGAUCCGAGAGAAUUCAUUUACGAAUUUUUCCCACUUCAAUCAGAAUGGCAACUAUUAAAAUCUCCGAUAACACUCCAAGAUUUCGAAGAAUUACCCUUUGUGAGAUCUCUUUUCUUCAGGUACGGCCUCUACUUUCCCGAUUCAAAUACGAAAGCUGUUAUGCACACUGAUCAAUCAGGUGCAGCCACCGUAAGAAUAGCUAUGCCCUCGCACAUGCAGUCAAGCUUGAUAUUUCAUUACAAUUUAAAAUUUUACGACAACGAAGGGGAUUCGUUCGAUGGGAUUUCACUUAAAAGAUUCGUUAUGCAGAGCGUCGUGAGUAACAUAGUUGCUUUUCGGGUACACGCACCUUGCAGCGGAAGUUUUUUACUUGAUAUAUUUGCAAAUGCCGUAACUCCGAAAGAAUAUUUAACAGGUGAACCCAUGAAAUUUAAAAGCGUUUGCAAAUUUAAAAUAUCUUGCGACGAAUUACAAACCGUUAUGGUACCCUUGCCCGAUUGUGCCAGUGGCGAAUGGGGACCAACAAAAGCGACCAGACUUUUCGGACUUAUUCCAAUAACGCAUCAGGAUGCUCUGGUUUUUGCUGGCCGAGAACUGGAAAUACAAUUCCGGAUGUCAAGAUCCCUAACCGAUUUCAUGGCCACUUUACAUAAAAAUGGAGUGGAAGAAAAACUCCCGAUGAUUAAAUCAUCCAAUAGAGAAUUUAUUUUUACUGAUGUUUCAAGAUCGGAUUCCUUAUCCGAUGACUUGUGA